AAACACCCUUCUUUUAAUCAAACCUGCUUAAUAUGGCCAGUUCCGGAGUUCGAAAGUCGGCUUUCGUGAUGCUCAUCGUGUACAUGGCGGCGAUGAGUGCAGUCGAAGCAGCCGAAGCAGCGGUGACGUGCAGUAACGUCGUGAGACACUUGCUCCCGUGCGUUUCCUACGUACAAAACGGCGGUCAACCGGCUGCUCAAUGCUGCAACGGGGUGAAAACACUUCUCGCUCAGGCUCAAACCAAGACGGACCGUCAAAACGUUUGCAGGUGCACUAAAUCGGCCAUUAAGGGAAUCCCGACCACGAGGUUCAACCUCGCUAACGCGGCCAGCCUCCCCGACAAAUGUAAUCUUCAUGUUCCUUACAAGAUCAGCCCCUCCACUGACUGCAACAAGGUGCCAUGAGGCUGAUCUUGAUCACGGUGGAUGAACGAGGACCACGUAGUUUUUAAAAGCUUAGCCGAAUAAAGUAGCUAGCUAGAGUUAAUAAAUGGGUAAACUACAAGUUUAGUAUCUAAAUUAUUACUUUUAUUCCGUUUUGAUAUCCAAACUUUUUUUUUUCAA